AGUGGAGGAGGAGGAAGCCAUUUUGGGCCUGGGUGACAUGUCCGCCUGCACUUUGCCGUCUGCUCUGUUGGACGGACGCUCGCACGGUUAGAAGAGGCCGAGUCGGUUUGGGGAAGUAAAAGCUGAAGACGGUUUGCAGCGCUGCAGUUUUCUCUGAGCCUUUCAGAGAAGUCUGCUUUGACUCUUCACAGGAAGCAGCAGCGAGGCCCUACUUGUCAGACAGCGAGCUGAAGGAGAACAAACCAACAGCCCUGAAACUUCCUCUGAGGCCGAGCAGAGUUUCAAAGAUCGCCUCCUUCACUCAGAUGUUGGUGUCCUCUCGUUAGAGCCGGGGACUGUUGGGUUUGACAUCAUCCGGACUGACGUUGUGGUUUUGAGCAUCGAGAAGGACGCAGGAUGAGUUCGGACCGCGUGCCGUCCAGAUCGGAUGUGAUGGGGUGGAGCCCCCAGCAGCUCGCAGACUACCUGAAGAGGAUGAAUCUGUCCGGCUGUGAUAAAGUCGUGCUGAAGAACUCCAUCAGCGGCUCCAGAUUUGUGAAUCUGAUUGACAACGACCUCCAGAAAUUCCCCAAACUUCAUGCUCCGAUGAUCUCCAAGCUCAGCAGUGAAAUCAACAAGAAGGAGAAGAGGGGUGGCUUCUUUAGUAAAAAGACGCCCAAAUAUACUGAACCAGAGAUGAACCCUGACCCUCAGGGAUGGGGCGAAGACGAAUUUGAUGAUGAAUUUGACGAUGACUAUGAGAGUCCAUACAGCGAUGAUGAAGGCAGCGGGGGGGACUACGAGUCCCCGAAUGAAGACCAGGACGCGGGUAACGAUUAUGAGCCGCCUCCUUCUGAACCUGCAGAGGACCACAAGCUGUGUCCCACCCGACCCAUCGGGGACGGGGAUUACAUUGAUAACCAUGUGUCAUCCAGAGGUCAGCCCCCUGCUGUGUCCCCCCGCCCUCCAGUCUCCACCCUCUCUGUUCCACCACCUCGAAUGCCUGGAGACUCACGUAGAGACCCCUCCCCUCACUGUGGGCCACGACCUCCAGGAAAAUCUCAUCCUGAACCACCGCAGGUCUUUCGUAACAACAAACCAGGCAGAGAUUCAGGAUCCAACCCAUCCCCCAUCAGAGGACCUCACCGCAGCACAGUGGACAGGCCAGCCGCACAACUUCGGAGGCCUCCGCAGGAUGAUCCUUCCAUCUUAAAUAAACCUCCUGUCCCCCCUCCCACCAACAUCAACAGAAGCAACUCCUCCGCCAGGCCUCCACGUUCCAGGUUUGAGGGGAGGAGAGAGCAACCAGAUGAUGUGCCUAAGCACAACACCUUCCCCCUUCACAAUAAAAGUAUGCCUCCUCGGCCUGGACUCCCUGGCCCUCCCAGUCGUCAUGGAGACAGUUUUCCUCCCAGUGUCCCCUCUACUGCUUCUCUGCCACCCAAACUGCAACUAGGGAUGGCCGAACACAGAGGCGCUGGAUCGGACAGACAAUCGUUUCGUCCUCCUCCGCCUGCAGCAGGAAACUCAGAGGAGCUGGACCCUCGCUGGUACGUGGGUAAAGUGACCCGAGGUCAGGCUGAAGGAUGUCUGAAGCGAUUCUGCAAGGAUGGGGCCUAUUUGGUGAGGGACAGCACCCGGCAGCAGCCCAACCAACCCUUCACCCUGAUGGUCUACUACCAAGACAAAGUCUACAACAUCCAGAUCAGGCAGCAGAACCAGCAGUUCCUGCUGGGAACCGGACUCAAAGUCCAGGAGUCCUUCCCAUCAGUCACCAACAUCAUCAACCAUUACUCCCAGUCUCCGUUGCUGCUCAUCGAUGCCAAAAAUCGGAGUGCCAGCCAGCAGAACCAGUGCGUGCUGUCGGAUCCGGCAGGAUACUACAUGGGUGGACAGAACUGGUCCUGACCAGGCUGAACCAGAUUAAUCUGGAUCGAGGUGGUAUGGCUGGACUGAGGGCGGAAGGAAGAAUUACGAUGAAUGUUUAAAUGCCAAGAGCGGCUGUGUGAAGCAUCUUCCCGUUCCCUGGACGGUUUUCCUGUGGUGUGAGAGGAAAAUGUUGGAUUUUUGCACAUGUUGCUUUAUUUGCUUGUUUGCAUUUUUGUGUCUGUUCAUGAUUUUUUACAGGUUUGUGACAAUUAAACCUUUCAUACUUUUAAGAACUUUCUACUAAGAAAUCCUUUUUAGCUUUCACAUUUUGGGACUUCUGUCGACACUCAAUGACUCUGGAUGAUUCUGUAUUUUUACAGUGUUCACUCAAAAUAUAUUCAAACUACGCUUGAAAACUAAGGUUGAUGCCUGAAAACUGUACUGUUAUAUAUCACGUGAGCUUAAUGAAGCCUCUUAGGACUCUGUGUACUUCCCCCACCCUCCACUUUACUCUGUGCUUCACUGUAACUGUGGCACUUCUAUUCUGUUUGUCUCUCAGCUGUCCUCAA